UUCUUCUUGCGCACGGUCCUCUCUCUAUAUACAUAUGCAAGAGAACCCACUGACGUUCACUCGUGCCUGUUGCUCGCGAGCUUCGUUCAGCGGAAACCCUCCUACGAGCUCCAUAUAUCUCGCUAAGGUUUCAAACGGGUAGAUACUUGCUACCUCUGUAUCAGACAUCUGGUUGAGUUGAGGUGGUGAGCUUCUGAAAGAUUUCGAGACAGUGGUGACUAUGGAGUCCAACUUCACUGGAUUUACUUAUGCUGUGGAUGAUUUCGAGACCAAUAGCCUCACUUAUCCAGCAAAUGCAGAUCAUUCCCAGAAUCUCUCAGAUGGAUUCAACGUAGACAAACUUUACGUUGAUUUCAACUCUGCAGAAAUUACCUCUCUCCUUCACCAAGCUGAACCCGCUUAUCACGACCCAUCUGUUGCAGUUAACCUCGAUGGAGACCUUGAUUUUCCAUCCACAGAUGUGAGUUCCAAGGAUGGCUCGUUGCACCAUUCUACGAGCCCCGAUGAUGAAAGCCCAAAUCAAGGUGGGGAACCUUUCUCCCCCUCUGAUUACAGCAACUCGCCCGAUCCUGUUCUCCGGUACAUACAUCAGAUGCUCAUGGAGGAGAAUGUGGAGGAGCAACCCUGGAUAAUUCCCGAUGAUUUGGCUCUACAAGAUACAGAGAAAUCUUUGUAUGACGUGCUCAGUGAGAAGUGCACUUUUUCCCCUGAACAGGCUGUACAAUUCGACAUCAGUCAGUUCAUCGGCAGCCCAAGCAGCAACUCUUAUGGAAGUAGCAGCGAUCAAGGUGGUGAUGGCACUACUGACACCAGAACCAACCGUACCCAGUCUCCUGGUGCUAAUUCACCCGAUAAUCCUGAAGGAAAAAACCACGCUUCCCUUCACGGCCCAUAUCCUGGUGAUGGAGUCUUGCCAUUGAAUAUCGAUACCAAUUCCCAGCUGUAUACCAAUCCGAUAGAAGGCUUGCAGCAUCGCGAUGAGUUUGGUGAUUCCCUUUCGACUAAUCUCCUGGUCAGCAAUAUGUUCAGCAACAGCGAUUCUGUCUUGCAGUUUAAUAAAGGUUUGGAGGAGGCCAGGAAAUUCCUUCCCAGUAGCAUCCAAUUAUCAAUCAACCGGGAGGAUGAUAAGUUGGCUCCAAAUGUCAGAGAGCCUGAAAAGAAUGGCACUGACUAUGAGAAGAGAUUGAAGAGUCUCUCAGAGAGUGGAUCAAAGGGGAGAAAGAAUCACAAGAGAGAUGAUGAGAGUUUUGAAGAAGGGCGAUCCAACAAGCAAUCGGCAUCAUAUACGGAAGACUCUGACCUUUCGGAAAUGCUUGAUAGGGUGUUGCUCGGCUCCUGUGUUAAGGGUCAAUUGUCAGGUUGCACACCGACGAACAUGAGCCAAACCAAUGGCCCACCUGGUCCAAAUGGUAGCAGGGGUCGCCGUAAGAAGGGAAAUAAGAGCACAGUAGACUUAAGGAGUCUUCUGAUUCUCUGUGCACAAGCUGUCUCCGCUAAUGACUUCAGGACUGCUUAUGAACUGCUAAAGCAAAUUAGACAAGAUUCUUCUGCCUCUGGUGAUGGCUCUCAAAGAUUGGCGCAUUACUUUGCCAAUGGGCUGGAAGCACGCCUCGCAGGCAGUGUCAGUGAUAAGCAAUCCUUUUUCAAUUCUACCGAGUUGCAGAAGAGGACAGUAGCUGAUAAGUUGAAGGCGUACCAGCUUCAUCUUUCCGCCUGUCCAUUUAAGAAAUUGCCCAUCCUCUUCGCAAACUUCAUGCUUCGGAAGGUCGCAGCUACCGCAAAAGUGCUUCACAUUAUAGACUUUGGAAUUGGUUACGGUUUUCAAUGGCCAAUCCUUAUUCAGGAGCUGUCAAAGAGAGAAGGUGGAUCUCCUGAGCUGCGAAUAACUGGAAUUGAUUUUCCACAAUCUGGAUUUCGUCCUGCCCAGAGAAUUGAAGACACCGGUCGUCGUUUGACUAAGUAUUGCGAGCGCUUUAAGGUUCCCUUCGAGUUUCAUGCGCUACCAUCAAGGAACUGGGAAUGUAUCAGAGUUGAGGAUCUCAAUAUCCGAAGUGGCGAGCUGGUUGCAGUGAAUUGUCUCUCUCGAUUUAAGAAUCUUUAUGAUGAGACGGUUGAGGUGGAUUGUCCACGAGAUGCUGUCUUAAAGCUAAUCAAGAGUAUAAAACCGGUCAUCUUUGUUCAUGGCAUAAGUAACGGAUCCUAUAACGCACCCUUUUUCUUGACUAGAUUCCGCGAGGCUCUUUUUCAUCUGUCUGCAGUUUAUGAUAUGUUCGAUGCCACCAUAGCCAGUGACAACGACCAAAGGUUGGUUUUGGAGAAAGAGUUCUAUGGACGGGAAAUUAUAAAUGUCGUGGCAUGUGAAGGCUCAGAGAGGGUUGAGAGGCCUGAGACAUAUAAGCAGUGGCAAGUUCGCCUUGCCAGGGCUGGUUUCACACAGCUUCCUUUGGAUCAGGAGGUUACGGAGAUGGGUAGGACUAAGUUGAGCAACUACUACCACAAGGAUUUCGUGCUUGCUGAAGAAAGCAACUGGGUGCUGCUUGGUUGGAGGGGCCGGAUUAUUUCUGCUUGCACUUGUUGGGUGCCUGUAUAGAUUACUCCCAAAGCAUGUUUUCUAACUUGUCAACUGGCAAUUAGUGAGAUUCUUGCUGAACUGCCGGGCCAGGAGCACAGGUCGGAGAGAGGCUGAGAUCACUUGAAGGAGCACACACAAUGACGUGAAACGUGUAGAGGGUUCAUUAUAAUGGCUGCAAACUGUUGCAACAAAAGACUUAUAUCACGGAAGAUGAAUAUUAAGCAAUUGCUAUUUUGGGCGGAGCUAUGACAUAGAAAACUGUGUAUUAGAAGGAUCAAUAGAGGGAUUGGGAGCAUUUGUGCAAGACGUUUAUUACUGGUAGUGGUGGUCAACUGGGCUUGGUUAUCCAUGUAGUGCAAUGCUAACUUUAUCAGUUUCUCUUGUUUGUAAAAGUUUGCAUGAUUUGGGGGGAUGAUUUGAAUAAUAUCUGCUGUUCCAUUACAAUAUCUGGGAUUUGCUUAUGAUAUUGGAGGAAGAAUUAUGAUGGCAAUAGCAUCGCCAGAUGUGCGGAA